GGCCGUGCUCUCCCGAGCCGUGACAGUUCGCGGGUGGUGGGUACCCUCUGCUGCUGUGGACAUGUCGGAGGAGGAGGACCCCCAGGAGACGCAGCCGCUCUUGCGGCCACCGGACAUUAGGCCAUCGUGACCCUGGGCGCAGCGGCAGGGGGCGUACUGGGCGGCUGGCUCGUGGACCGUGUGGGACGCAAACUGAGCCUCCUGCUCUGCACCCUGCCCUUCGUGACCGGCUUUGCCAUCAUCACUGCCGCCCGGGAAGUGUGGAUGCUGCUUGGAGGGCCGCCUCCUCACCGGCCUAGCCUGCGGAGUCGCCUCACUAGUGGCACCUGUCUAUAUCUCGGAAAUCGCCUACCCAGCUGUGCGAGGACUGCUCGGCUCCUGUGUGCAGCUCAUGGUUGUCACUGGCAUCCUCUUGGCCUACGUGGCAGGCUGGGUCCUAGAGUGGCGCUGGCUGGCUGUGCUGGGCUGUGUGCCCCCGACUCUCAUGCUGCUGCUCAUGUGCUGCAUGCCCGAGACCCCACACUUCCUCCUGACUCAACACCAGCACCAGGAGGCCAUGGCUGCCCUGAGGUUCCUGUGGGGCUCUGAGGAGGGCUGGGAAGAGCCCCCUGUAAGGGCUGAGCACCAGGGCUUCCAGCUGGCUAUGGUGAGGCGCCCAGGCGUCUACAAGCCUCUUGUCAUCGGCAUUUCCCUCAUGGCCUUCCAGCAACUGUCAGGGGUCAAUGCUAUCAUGUUCUAUGCCGAGACCAUCUUUGAGGAGGCCAAGUUCAAGGACAGCAGCCUGGCCUCGGUCACUGUGGGCAUCAUCCAGGUCCUGUUCACUGCUGUGGCAGCCCUCAUCAUGGACAAAGCAGGGCGGAGGCUGCUUCUGGCCUUGUCAGGUGUGGUCAUGGUUUUUAGCAUGAGUGCCUUUGGUACCUACUUCAAGCUGAUGCAGAGUGGCCCCAGCAACUCCUCCCACAUAGGCCUUCUGGUGCCCAUCUCAGCGGAGCCUGCUGAUGUCCACGUGGGGCUGGCCUGGCUGGCUGUAGGCAGCAUGUGCCUCUUCAUUGCUGGCUUUGCAGUGGGCUGGGGACCCAUCCCCUGGCUCCUCAUGUCGGAGAUCUUUCCUCUGCAUGUCAAGGGUGUGGCUACCGGCGUCUGUGUCCUCACAAACUGGUUCAUGGCCUUUCUGGUGACAAAAGAGUUCAGCAGUGUCAUGGAGAUCCUCAGGCCCUACGGUGCCUUCUGGCUCACCGCUGCCUUCUGUAUCCUCAGUGUCCUUUUCACAUUGACCUUUGUCCCUGAGACUAAAGGCAGGACCCUGGAACAAAUCACAGCCCAUUUUGAGGGACGAUGACAGCCCCUCUCUGUGACUGGCAGCCCUGAGCUGAGCUGGCUUUGGGUUUCAGGAAGAGUGGA